AUGGUGUUGAACAACCUCGUUCUCCCUUAUUUGACAUUUAGUGGUAAUCCUAGUUUAUAUUAUGGUUAUACUAUUCGUAAUGAAGUUAAUGCUUAUGAAUAUAGUGGUAAUUCUUUUUAUAUGAGUACUGAUAAAUAUUAUCCUAUUCAUUCUGAACCUGAACUUUAUAAUAAUAAUGUUUAUUUUGGUUUUACUGAUAAUGUGGCUGCUGGUCAUUCUAUUGAUAAUACAAAAACAUUUUCUUAUGUUUCUUCUACUGGUUCUACUCGUGAUAAAAAAUAUUUUGAUUUAGGAACUAAUAUUGUUAAUGUUCUUAUUGAUUCUGCACAUAAUAUUAUUUCUGAUGGUACUGAGUAUGCAAGUAAGUAUUAUCGGCCUUCUGCAUCUUCAACUUAUAGUGUUGAAAUGAAAGAAUGUAUUAUUGAUGAAAUGCGUUUGACAAAAGGUGUUUUGUAUAAUGGUACAUUCUCCGUUCCAUUACAAAAGUUUGAUGCUGGUCAUAUAUGGGUUGCCCCUCAAGGAAUAGAUUAUAAUUUUGGUGAUAUGGCAUACCAAACAAAUAUAAAUAUAACCGAUGUCCGUAUUGGUGGUGCUCAAUAUACAUAUCCUCAGUUAGGUAAUGUAUAUAUUGACUUGAAUUCUAAUGGUGUUGGUUCAAGUGCUGCUAUUUAUGAUGGUUCUGUAUGGUUGCCUUUGAAUUAUGCAGUUUGGAAUGGUUAUCAAUGGCAAGAUGGAAAAAACUUUAAUUUCCGUAACUUGACUUUUUACGAUGUUGCUGUUUCAAGUGGUGAAUUUGAUAAUGAUUCAUUAAGAGAAAUCAAUGAAAAACUCGGUUUGAUUGAUGAAAAACUUGGAACUGGUGUUGAAUAUAGUCAAGCUGAUUUAUCUAAUAUGAAUAAUGAAUCCGUUUCUGCUUAUAAUCCUUUAGCAGAAAAUGGUUCACAAGUUGAGGGUUCAUUAACUUCUACUCUGUUAGGUGUAUGGGUUGCUACGUUGUUUAGCGUAGCUUCAGUUCCUACACCGUCAUACGAUUUUAAUAAAGGAUUACAAUGGUUUCAAGGUAUACCAUACGAGGAAAACGCUGGUUUUACUCCGUCUGUUGAUGGAUUUUUGUUUGAUGGUCAACGUGAUAAUGGUUUGGUUUGUCAUGCUAUUUAUGUUUAUUAUUAUGCUGACUCUGGUCUAACAAAAACAUUAACUGAUAUUUCAGUUAAUAAGACAAAAAUAACCUAUUUUGUAGUGAUUCAUCAUCUGAAAAACGUGACAAAUUUUACUGUUGAUUAUUCAAGUGUAAAUAUUAAUGUAGCUGGUACUUACUCUAUAAGUGUAACUUAUGAGGGAAUCACAAAAACAAUUCCUAUUGUGUAUGAAAGUAUUCCUGUUACAUUAACUUCAAUAUCUGCUGUAAAGGGUAAAACAAAUUUUUAUGUUGGUGAUACACUUAACACAAAUGAUUUUGUUGUUACUGGAAUUUGGUCGGAUGGUUCGGAAACUGUUCUUUCAGAUUAUACGGUUAAUAUAAGUGCAGUGCAUAUGAAUGUUGUUGGUUCUUAUCCUAUUACGGUAUUUUAUGAGGAUAAAACAACAACGGUAUAUAUUACAGUAAAUGCUAUUGAGGAGCCACCGGUUGAGCCUCCUCUUGGUGAUUUAACCACAACAAAAUGCACUUCUCCAAAAAUUGGAUAUAGAUUUUAA